AUAAAGGGGGACACACACACAAGGACAGAAGACAUAACGGCUAAAGGAAACCAGGAAAGAGGCACAACUGAAACUGUGGAGGUAGACUGGAAAGAAGGGACGUCGGGGAUAACCAGACGGUGGCUGCACCAUCUGUUGCCAAAGAGAGAGGCAUGUUAGCGAUUCAGACCGGAGCAGCAGUGCAGCCUGCAGUCCGCAGUGAGAUGCACAAAACCUCUCCUGAAUGACACUUAGGAUGAAGAGUCUGCAGCUAAAUGAGGGCAGAGUUUCCAUGAAGAGCGUGGAUCCGCAUAUUUCUGCUGGAGUCGUGCCGAGCAAGCUGCUUCCCUCCGAGUUGACGGCCAGAUCAUCUGCUUUCUGGGUUUUGGGGGAAACUCUCCAUGCACGUUCAGUGUUGCUUUAAUCUCUACUUCUUCGUUAGUUACGCGUCUCGAGACUUUUCAGAGAAAAUCCGUUUUAGCACAAAUGAUGCAAACUCCAGCCUCCAUGGUGAUGGGGAUCGUUUUUUCACCUUUGGGGCUUGUCCUGGUCUUCACCGCGGCCAUCACGCCUCAGUGGCGGGAGGGUCAGGCUCGUCUGAACAUCGGAGGGACGGGAUCUCUUCUCCGAUCCGGAGCGAAGGGCCAAGGGCUGGGCGUCAGGUCCGGGACGGUGGAGGCCCUGCUCCUGCUGCGCUCUGACGGCCUGUGGGAGAGCUGCCUGCAGGUGGAGCAGCCGGAGCUGAAGCAGUGCUGGCCCGUGGCUGGUCCGUAUCAAAGAGACGCUCGGGUUCGGCUGGUGCAAGGCCUGGUGCUCACGUCCCUCUUCCUGUGCGGCAUCGGCAUUGUUCUGGCUUGCAUCGGGGUCCGGUGCUGGACAGACCUACCUCUGAGGAGGGUGGCCGCUUCAGGUGGACUCCUCGUGGUGACCGCCGGCCUUCUGAGCCUGACCGGACUCGGGGUGUACACCCACAACCUCAGACGACUCGGGGUGGAUCCCAGUCAAGGACUCAACAACCCCAAGUUCCCCCAGCUGAGCCUGAACGCAGCUGGGUCGCUCUACUUUGGGUGGCUGGGUUCUUGUUUGCAGGUCCUGGGAGGCACGGCGCUGCUGUUCAGCUUCAAGCGGCCAAGAUGCCCGACCUGCCCGUCCCGCCAGGAGCAAACGGUCUGCCCCGCGUGCCACUCGUGUCCCGAAAUCACAAGCAAGACAGACAUGGACGUCUAUGAAGUCAGCUGUUAGAGCGUGAUCUAACGAGAUGACACACGUCAGCACACAGAUCUGCCUGUGGAGGACAUAAAAAUUACAAUCAAAAAUGAAAUCUGUAAAGUAUAGUAAGUAAAAGGUUAUUUCCGUAGCACGUUUUCACAGACAUGUAUCACAAAGUGCUUUACAAGAAGGGUAAACCCACGAAAACACACACAAAAGACACUCAAAAACACAACAUAACCAUAAAUGCAUAUCAUAAAAGCCCAAAUCUGACUAAUGGCUUCUGGGAAGAAGAAUUUUCUUGCAACAGCUCGAAAAGAUCGGUCACCUAAAUCUGGUUAAUAUUGGAGACCAGAGAAACUCCUAUCGGUACAAUGUUGGCUGUAGUUAUAGUGAAAAAUGUGCUUUGAUAAAUAUAGAUUUGUGAAGCUUUUUGUAAAAUAGCUUGAGUCAGAACAAGACUGUGACCAUGUGAGGUAUUUAUAAGAACAGUUAGCGCUUUUUAGAUGACGCUUUGCGACACUAACUGAGAACGGACUCAGACGCUGGAUUUUCUGCGUACUUUCUGGUGUUGUUCAUUAGGACCAAAUUGGACACAAAUUCACUGAUGUACUGUGUGACUCUUUAAAUGUUAUUUGAAAUGUCAGUUUAAUGAGGGUGCCAUGUGUGCCAGUGUCACCGUGAGGUGAUCAGCGAGAAUAUUAAAGUUGUGUACCAAGAUUGUUUUAGUCGUGUUCCUCUCCGUUUGUAAACCGUGUGUUGAAUAAAACAUUUGAAUUACACCAAAAGCAAA